GAGCACGUCGUGCCUGGAACUCUGCACCAGAUUAUUUCUCUUUGCUUUGUUCCUUCAGAGAAGAUGGCUGCCACAGGCUCCUCUUUUGCUGCCUGGCUAAGUUGGCAAGUUCUUGAUGGCACUUGUGACUGGAUUGGAAGGGUCAAGGUUACACGAAACAAGUCAGCAGUAAUUACAAGGAGCUAUAUAUUGAAGACAAUGUCUGGAAGCUUCUACUUUGUAACUGUUGGCCACCAUGAUCAUCCAGUGUUUGAGAUGGAAUUUUUGCCAGCUGGGAAAGCAGAAUCCAAAGAUCAUCAUCAUCAUCUGAACCAGUUUCUAGCUCAUACUGCUCUCAACCACAUAGAUGAGAAUAUGUGGCUGUCAGACAACAUGUACUUGAAAACCGUGGACAAGUUCAAUGAGUGGCUUGUUUCAGCAUUUGUUACUGCGCAUAUGAGAUGUAUUAUGCUUCAUGAAACAAGGUGUGACGAUGGAAUAAAGAACUUCUUUACUGGGGCACCUGGGUGGCUCAGGUUGGUUGAUUUUUAUGAUUUAUACAGAAAGUUUGCAAUGAAUCCAUUUUAUGAAGCCAUUUCUCCUAUUCCAUCAAACGCACUUGACAGAAAAGUUCAGUUUCUUGGGAAGAAACACCUUUUAAGUUGA